AUGUUCAGAUACUCCAUCGGCUCUGAAGCAAGUCGGAUAAUGGAGGCCUGGGAUCUUUGGGACAAUGAACCUUAUCUUUUAGAAAUAAUCGAGCGUUUUGAAAGAUACUGUGUUGGUCGAUCGUAUUUUUUUACGCACAGCCGUCGAGCGGACGAGGAUCGUUCAUUCGAUCCUGAAAGCGACCAACAGUCGCAAGAACAAUUACCAAAUCACUUGGAAAAUCAAGAAGAUCAGCACUGCAUUUCUGCCAUACCCCAGAUUCAAGGAUUACCAAUACCGUCAAGACUUGAGUUAAGAGCAACCGUGAGUAGGUCGCCCGGGAACCAAUACAGCGGAAUGCAAUGUAGCGUGAAACAGAGUUGUCACGAAAGGCGGAACGACUUCACCGUGCACCCAAAGGGGAAUGCUGCUGUGCACUUCCUCAAGAAAGCAACAAAUAAACUUAUCGAAUUCAAAGUGACGCAUGAGGAUCCUUAUUUAAUGCAACUGAGAAGAAAUACGCGUUCUACCGCAUUCGGCAGCAGUCUAGUACAGCUCCAAUUCAGUCACAGGAUAGACCGCAAGCUCGUCCGCAGUGGACGAGGAUAUGGAAACUGCAACACAAGAAAUAUGAAAAGGAAGAAAAAGGAAAGGAUGUGGUGGUGGCUGAAAGCUUGGGCGAACCGAUUCGCCUGCCUCAGUGCGGUCGAUAAGGCGAUCGAUCGAGUGGGCGC